AUGUAUCUGAAUAUAUUUUACUUCUUUCUCACUUUGCUACAGGUUGUGGCAGAAAACUUCACCGGGAUCUCCGAGUUCUUAUUGGUGGGUUUUUCAAGCCUUGGUGAAAUUCAGCUUGUUCUCUUUGUGGUCUUUCUCUUACUGUAUUUCGUCAUUCUUAGUGGCAAUGCCACCAUCAUCAGUGUCAUCCGCUUGGACCAAAGCCUCCACACUCCCAUGUAUUUCUUCCUUGGCAUCCUGUCAACAUCUGAGACCUUCUAUACCUUUGUCAUCCUUCCCAAAAUGCUCAUCAAUCUCCUUUCUGUGGCCAGGACCAUCUCCUUCACCUGCUGUGCCAUUCAAAUGUUCUUCUUCCUUGGUUUUGCUAUUACCAACUGCCUGCUCUUAGGUGUGAUGGGUUAUGAUCGCUAUGCUGCCAUCUGUCACCCUUUGCAUUACCCCAUCCUUAUGAGUUGGCAAGUAUGUGGGAAACUGGCAGCUGGCUGUGGGAUUUCAGGCUUCUUGGCCUCACUGACAGUAGUCAACUUAGUCUUCAGUCUCCCUUUCUGCAGCGCCAACAGAGUCAACCAUUACUUCUGUGACAUCUCACCAGUCAUCCGCCUGGCUUGUACCAAUACAGACAUUCACGAGUUUGUCAUAUUCACCUGUGGGGUUCUUGUGCUUGUGGUUCCCUUCUUCUUUAUCUGUGUCUCUUAUCUCUGCAUUCUGAGGACCAUCAUGAAGAUUCCCUCAGCUGAGGGCAAACGGAAAGCCUUUUCCACCUGUGCCUCACAUCUCACCGUCGUUGUUGUUCAUUAUGGCUGUGCUUCCUUCAUCUAUCUGAGGCCUACGGCAGACUACGUCUCCAACAAGGACAGGCUGGUGACUGUGACAUACACCAUUGUCACACCAUUACUAAACCCCAUAGUGUACAGCCUCAGAAACAAGGAUGUUCAACUUGCUAUCAGAAAAGCACUGGGCAAGAAAGGAUCUGUAAAGCCAUUUGAUUGA